AUGGCUAUAAAAGAAAAUCAACCCCAUUUUGUUCUUCUCCCAUUCAUGGCCCAAGGCCACAUGAUUCCCAUGGUAGACAUCUCAAGACUACUCGCCAAACGCGGGAUAACCGUCACAAUCCUACUCUCUCCCAACAAUCACAACCGAGUUAAACCGAUAAUCAACCGCGAGGUCGCCUCCGGGUCGAGCAUUCGCGUCUCCCACUUCAGAUUCCCGAGCGUCGAAGCCGGCCUUCCGGAAAGUUUCGAAAGUCUCGAGGGGAUGCUCUCGGUUGACGAGUCCUUAAAAUUUCUCAAAGCCACAACCCUGUUGGAGGACCGAGUCGAACAAAUCCUUCGAAACCUCGAGCCUCGACCAGCUUGUCUAAUAUCCGACAUGUGUUUUAUGUGGAGCGCGGCCGUGGCCACCCGAUUGAGAAUCCCGAGGAUCGUGUUUCAUGGGCCGAGUUGCUUUGCACUUGUCUGCAUGCAUUUGAUGAAAGCCUCCAACAAUUUUGAAGACAUUGCCGCUUCGGAUACAGAGUAUUUCGUGCUGCCUGAGCUGCCCGAUCGGAUAGAGAUAACGAAGGCUCAGAUUAGGGGCACGGCUGGCGAAAUGCCGCCCGAAUGGGCCGAAUUUCGCAGGAAGAUGUUUGAUUCGGAAUCCGAAUCUCUCGGAACAAUCGCCAACUCAUUCGAAGAGCUCGAACCGGAGUACCUGAGGCGCUACGUGCAAGUUAAAGGGAAAAAGGUUUGGUGCAUUGGGCCCGUCUCGUUGUGCAACGAGGACGAGUUGGAUAAGGCCCAACGAGGAAAACGAGCCUCGGUCGACGAGCAUGAGUGCCUGCAGUGGCUCGGUUCCCGAGAACUGAGCUCGAUCGUUUACGUCUGCCUCGGGAGUCUGUCUCGCCUGGCCGCUACUCAGCUCGUCGAGCUCGGUUUAGGGUUGGAGGGUUCGGGUCGGCCGUUUGUGUGGGUCGUGAGGAACGCACCGGACGAGUUCGAAACGUGGCUCGAGGACGAGAAGUUCGAGGAGAGGGGUUUGGCGGCGGGGGUGCCGAUGCUGACGUGGCCUGUGUUUGCGGAGCAAUUUUUGAACGAGAAGUUCAUUUUGAGUGUCGCGAAAACAGGGGUGAGGAUGGGGGUCGAGGUGCCGGUUGCUUCCGUAGAGGAAGAGAAGGUGGGAGUUCAGGUGAGGUCGGAGGGGAUUAAGGCGGCAAUCGAGGAGUUGAUGGAUGGAGGAGAGAGAGGGGCGGAGAGGAGAGAGAGAGCUCGGGAGCUCGGGAAAAUGGCGAAGAGGGCGAUCGAGGAAGGGGUCUCGUCGUUUGUUAACUUGACGCGGCUUGUAAACGACGUCUGUCGAAGGGGAGAUGAUGAUUGUGGUGAUGAAUAUGGAAAUGGUGAAGUGAAAAAGUUGGAUGAAUGA